AUGAUGUUGGGAAGGAAAGGAAAGAUUGUUAAUGCUGACCAAAAUUUAUCUUUCCAAGCUGCUGUGAUAAUCCAAUGUUGGUACAGAAAGUGCAAGGCGAGAUUGGAAUUUCGUCGUAAGUGUGCAUGGCAAGUAAACCAGUCGUUAGAAUACGUAACGGAUGAAAGUGAUUCUGAAGGGCAUCCAACAAAGAAUUUUCUAUCUUUUCUUACUUGGAUACGGUCAGAUAAAAUAAUUCCCACCAACUUCUUCACUUCGAUACUGAACAAAGCUACAGAAUUUUUUAGCCAACAACCAAAUCUAACAGAAAUUCAACUUGAAGAUGAACACCAUUUGAUUAUCUGUGGUGAUCUCCAUGGCAAUCUGCUUGCAGCUUUGAGAGUUUUUGAGGAAACUGGUUUACCAAACUCUCGGAAUCGUUUUGUAUUCAAUGGGGAUUUUGUCGAUCGAGGAACCAAAUCAGCCGAAGUGUUAAGUUUAUUGUUAAUGGCUGUAUUAACUUACCCAACCUAUGUAUUUCUUAAUCGGGGAAAUCAUGAAGAUAUCAUGGUGAAUGAAAGAUAUGGAUUUGUAAAAGAACUAUCAAAUAAAUAUUCUAAAGAUAAAAAUAAUUUAAUUCACUUAUGUGACAAACUGUUCUGCUCUCUACCAAUUGGAGCUAUCGUCAAUGAAAGAAUAUUUAUCUGCCAUGGUGGUAUAUCAAAACAUACAGAUCUUGUGAAAUUAAAGCUUCUAAAUAGAUUUAAACUUUCCUCACUUCUACAACCAUGUUUGGAUGGGGAUAACCGUGUGAAUUUUAAUGAUUGGCAACAGGUUUUAGAUUUAUUAUGGAGUGAUCCUCAAGAUAAAGAUGGAUGUCGACCCAACGGUUUCCGUGGUGCAGGUUGUUAUUUCGGUCCUGAUAUUACUGAUAGUUUCUUAGACACAACAAGUUUUUCUAUGAUUAUUCGAUCACAUGAAUGCUAUAUGGAAGGAUGGCAUAUUUCCCACUCAGGAAAAGUUUUAACUAUAUUUUCAUCAUUCGAUUAUUUUACACUACGCAGUAAUGAAGGCGCCUAUGCUUGUGUUACUGGUGGCAAGUCUAAUGAAAUAAAUGUAACCAACCCAAACGCUAUUGUUUCUCUGUAUCCGAUAAAAUAUGUACCAAAAGAUACUUUUUUACCAUCGCUUAACAUCUAUGUGAAUGUAUUUGUUCUUAUAAAAGUACAAGAUCAAGUAUUAGAUAAGAACAGAACAUUAAACGAUCCUGUUAAUAUGGCAUUUGUGUGUUUAUGGCAACGGAUAAUUCGUCAUAAAGAAAAACUCCUGGAAUGUUUCAGUCAACUGGACAUUCAUAACUCAGGUAUCAUCUCGCUUACUGAUUGGUGUGAUAUAAUGGCUUCCGUAACACAAUUAAAGCUUUCUUGGCGUUGUCUACGUUCCUUUUUGGUCAACUUAUCUCUUGAUCAUACGGACCAAGUUGCUUACAAUUCUAUGUUCACAGGAAACUGUGUGAUGCACCCUGACAUUCCAAAUGAAAAUUCGUUGGCAAACGAAAUUUUUGAAUUGCAACCUCAUCUCUUGACUAUUUUUCAAGCUUGUCAUAUUAAACCAAACAACGUCAAUUUGUACAGUUUAGUGGCUAAAUUAGAAUCAGCUGAUUACAAUGUACAAAUUGCUAGAUUAAAAAUUGUUGUAUCAAAACUGAUAAAAUUACUAAACAAUAAUGAUAUAAUGUCUUUUAACUUGGAUAAAUUCUUAGCUUCUUUUCUUUUCGUGGAAAUCAAAAAACGUGUUAAAAGUAUGUUUCUUAAGUGA